AUGGCACUUGAUGAAGUGCAGCACCGGGUACCUGUAGUAAGAGGUAGUGUUUUCGGAAUAAGGAUUUUACACCUUUUUAUAUUUAUUCUCUUCAUUUUUCUUAUUAUUUCCUUUCUCAUAAUUAUAGAUUUACUAAACUAUCCUUUAACCCAUCUCUCAAAAAUUUCAUUUUACCUCUCUACAAACGAUUUGCGCUCCAAUCACGCACACAGCGACGCUGUCGCAUACUUCCGGCGACCGACGCAGCACACUCAUCUUCGUCCCUCCCUCCGUGUCUCAGCCUCUCUUUUGCUGCUCAAACAUACACACACUCCGGUUUCCUCCCUUCUCAGGGUCGCUGCUGCCCGCCAGAUUCCGAAAUCAAAGCUCAGAAACAACUUGACAGUUACGGCGGCGACGAAGAAGGAGAAUAAACCCAAGAAAAAGAGAAAAGAUGACAGCCAUAGCUUCGCCUCCAAGCCCGAUGAAGCCACUGGCCCUUAUCCCGAAGUCGUGCUUCUCAAACAGAGGAGUGUUGAAGAAGAUGGUAGGCUUAUGCCGGAGUUUGCCGAUGUCGAAGAGCGUGAACUCUUUGAGGCUUUAAAUCUGCUGCUAGAGAGUGAUACAAAUGUAGAUCAAAUGCGACAUUAUGAAGUCGUAUAUCUUAUCCAUGAGGAUUACAAAGACGAGGUUGAGAAUGUGAACACCAAAGUUCGAGAUUUCUUGGAGGAAAAGAAGGGCAAGGUUUGGAGAUUCAGCGACUGGGGCAUGCGUAGGCUGGCAUACAAGAUAAAGAAAGCGAAGAACGCCCAUUACAUUCUCAUGAACUUCGAGGUGGAAGUGCAAUGGAUAAAUGAAUUCAAGAGCAUGCUAGAUAGAGACGAGAGGGUCAUCCGACACCUUGUGAUGAAACGAGACGAGGCCGAGACGGAAGACUGCCCUCCACCUCCUGAGUUCAGUACACUGCGCGCUGACAUGGUUGAUGAUGAUACAGACGAGGAAGAAGAGGAGGAUGAGGAGUAUGAUGAUGAAGAGGAUGACCAAGGUAUUAUAUAUGUGAAUGAUGUAGAAGAAGAGAGUAGUAGCUCUGUUAGAAAUACGGCGAAGCCUCACUAAGUGGGCAGAUAGAUGAUGGUCUUACUGUAACCUUCAUCCUGUUAUUUUUGGGCUUGUAAAAGUUAGUUAUAAACAGUUUCUUUGUCUAAUUUCAAGUGCAGUAAUUGACAUGAUUGAGAGAUGAAAAUUCUACUUUGUA